GGCCACGCACGCGGGGGCGGGGCCUUGGCCGGGAAGCCGCCACCGCUCGUGGUACGAUUCUAAGGAGCGAGCGGCGGAGACAACGCCAGGCGUGGGCGCGAACACAGCCGGUGGCACUCGGUGUUCUCAGGUCCCCUCUCUAUUGGCCGGGACGCGGGAGAGCGCGGCGGGGGCGCGAGGUGGGAGCGGCCAAUGCGAAACUGGCUGGUGCUGCUGUGCCCUUGCGUGCUCGGGGCCGCGCUACACCUCUGGCACCUCUGGCUCCGCUCCCCGCCGGACCCCCACAACACCGGGCCCAGCGCGGCAGAUCAAUCAGCCUUAUUUCCUCAAUGGAAAUUUAGUCACUAUGAUGUGGUAGUUGGUGUGUUAUCAGCUCGGAAUAACCAUGAACUUCGAAAUGUGAUAAGGAACACCUGGCUGAAGGAUUUGCUGCAACAUCCUACCUUAAGUCAACGUGUGCUUGUGAAGUUCAUAAUAGGUGCCCGUGGCUGUGACGUGCCUGUGGAAGACAGGGAGGAUCCUUACUCCUGCCGACUGCUCAACAUCACCAAUCCAGUUUUGAAUCAAGAAAUUGAGGCAUUCAGCUUUCCUGAAGAUGCCUCCUCAUCUAGACUCUUUGAAGACCGAGUUGUCAGCGUGCGCUUCAGAGUUCUCUACCCAAUCGUGAUUACCAGUCUUGGAGUGUUCUACGAUGCCAGUGAUGUUGGUUUUCAAAGGAACAUCACAGUCAAGUUGUAUCAGACAGAGCAGGAGGAGGCACUUUUCAUCGCCCGGUUUAGUCCUCCAAGCUGUGGCAUACAAGUGAACAAGCUAUGGUAUAAGCCUGUGGAACAAUUCAUCUUACCAGAGAGCUUUGAAGGUACAAUCGUGUGGGAAAGCCAAGAUCUCCAUGGCCUCGUGUCCAGAAACCUGCACAGAGUGACAGUGAAUGAUGGAGGAGGUGUUCUCAGAGUCCUCACAGCUGGGGAAGGGGCACUGCCCCAUGAAUUUAUGGAAGGUGUGGAGGGAGUUGCAGGUGGCUUUAUCUACACUGUUCAGGAAGGUGAUGCACUAUUACGAAGCCUUUAUUCUCGGCCCCAGAGACUUGCAGAUCAUAUACAGGAUCUGCAAGUGGAAGAUGCCUUACUGCAGGAGGAAAGCAGUGUCUAUGAUGACAUUGUCUUCGUCGAUGUUGUGGAUACUUACCGGAAUGUUCCUGCGAAAUUAUUGAACUUCUAUAGAUGGACUGUGGAAUCCACCAGCUUCGAUUUGCUGCUCAAGACAGAUGAUGACUGUUAUAUAGACUUAGAAGCUGUGUUUAAUAGAAUUGCUCAGAAGAAUCUUGAUGGGCCUAAUUUUUGGUGGGGAAAUUUCAGGUUGAAUUGGGCAGUGGACAGAACCGGAAAAUGGCAGGAGCUGGAAUACCCCAGCCCGGCUUACCCUGCCUUUGCAUGUGGGUCAGGGUAUGUGAUCUCCAAGGACAUCGUUGACUGGCUGGCAGGCAACUCCGGAAGGUUAAAGACCUAUCAGGGUGAAGAUGUCAGCAUGGGCAUUUGGAUGGCAGCCAUAGGACCUAAAAGACACCAGGAUAGCCUGUGGCUGUGUGAGAAAACCUGUGAGACAGGAAUGCUGUCUUCUCCUCAGUACUCACCAGAAGAACUGAACAAACUGUGGGAACUGAAGGAACUGUGUGGGGAUCCUUGUCAGUGUGAAACAAAAGUACUCUGAU